UUGUUUAGAGCCUCAGCUCUAGACAAGCCGCAUCCACAAUUAAUUCCAAGUUGGUCGUCAGUUGGAACUCCGAACUGCUCAAUUCCGAGCCUACCAAUGAAGCCAGCAGGGUUUCCGCAGAUGGUUUUAGCCGCUCCCUCUUUUGAUGGCUUGAAGCCCUUGUACUUAUAUUCUCUCUCUACACUUUUACGCAGGGUUUAGGGUUUACGAGUCUAUCUCUCUACACUUUUACGCAGGGUUUAGGGUUUACGAGUCUAUCUCUCUACAAUGGCUUCUACACUCAUUAAAAAGAAUUUUCGCUGUACCCCUGCCUUUCAACAGUUCUAUACUGGGGGUCCUUUUGCAGUUUCAUCAGAUGGCUCGUUCAUGGCCUGCGCUUACAAUGAUCAAAUACAGAUCGUUAACACUUCUGAUUCAUCUAUUUUAUCCACUCUUGAAGGAGACACAGAGCUCGUCACUGCGCUAACCCUAAGCCCGGAUGAUAAGCACCUCUAUUCGGCGAGUCACAGUAGGCAAAUCAGGGUUUGGGAUUUAUCAUCUUUCACUUGCCAGCGUUCAUGGAAGGGUCAUGAUGGUCCAGUUAUGGGCAUGGUGUGUGAUUCAUCAGGUGGAUUGCUUGCUACUGCUGGUUCAGAUAGGAAAGUUCUAGUUUGGGAUAUCAGUGGAGGCUAUUGCACCCACUUUUUUCAAGGACACAAGGGAAUUGUUACCACAGUUGUCUUCCAUCCAGAUCCUCAAAACCUCAUACUUUUCUCCGGAAGUGAUGAUGCGACCGUUCGAGUGUGGAAUCUUGACUCUAAAAAGUGCAUUGCAGUGCUUGAGAAGCAUUUUUCUUCUGUUACUUCUUUGGGGAUAUCUGAAAAUGGAUCAACCUUGCUUAGUGCUGGAAGAGACAAGGUUGUGAAUUUAUGGAAUCUGCCCAACUAUAGCUUCAGGAUGACGGUGCCAAGUUAUGAGGUGCUGGAAGCAGUCUGCGUCAUAAAUCCUGGAACUGCUUUGGCUGCUGCUUUGGAUCAAAGCCAACUCUCAAUCAUGAAGAAAAAGGGAACUGGUUCAACUCCCAUCUUCUUUCUCACAGCUGGUGAGCGUGGCAUUUUGCGAAUAUGGAGCUCUGAAGGUGGCAUAUGUUUAUAUGAGCAGCAAGCAUCUGAUGCUGUCAUUAGCUCUAGUGAGGAAGAACCAAAACUGGGCUUCACUUCAGCUGUCAUAUUGCCUUCAAAUCAAGGAUUGCUUUGUGUGACUGCUGAUCAGCAGUUUCUUUUCUAUUCUCCUACACAUUCAGAAGAGAUGAAGUUCCACUUAAACCUAACUAAGCGACUUAUAGGAUAUAAUGAAGAAAUUGUUGAUCUAAAAUUCAUGGGUGUGGAUGAACAAUAUCUUGCAGUGGCCACAAAUCUAGAGCAGGUGCGAGUAUACGAUUUACAGUCCAUGGCAUGUUCCUAUGUCUUGUCGGGUCAUACAGAGCCUGUACUAUGCCUUGACACUUGUGUUUCAAGUUCCGGAAAGACACUUCUAGUUUCUGGGAGCAAAGAUAACAGUAUAAGAGUUUGGGAAGAAGAAAACAGAUGUUGCAUUGGGCUGGCCACUGGACAUAUGGGAGCUGUUGGAGCUGUUGCAUUUUCCAAGAAACGGAAAAAUUUCAUUGUUAGUGGUAGUAGUGAUCAUGCAAUAAAGUUAUGGAGUCUGGAUGGACUUUCAGAUCGCUGUAAUGAGGUUGUUAAGUUACAAACUAAGGCAGUUGUUGCAGCUCACAAGAAAGAUAUAAAUGCCUUGGCUGUUGCCCCAGAUGAUAGCCUUGUGUGCAGUGGUUCUCAGGAUCGUACUGCUUGCUUAUGGAGGCUUCCUGAUCUAGUUCUGGUAGUUGAGCUUAAAGGGCACAAAAGGGGGAUUUGGUCUGUUGAAUUUUCUCCAGUAGAUAAAUGUGUAAUGACUGCAUCUGGUGAUAAAACAAUAAAAAUAUGGUCAGUGUCAAAUGGUUCCUGUCUUAAAACAUUUGAAGGUCACCCUUCUGGCGUCUUGAGAGCUUCCUUCCUCUCCCGUGGUGCCCAAUUUGUAUCUUCGGAUGCGGAUGGCCUGCUGAAAUUGUGGACAAUCAAAUCGAAUGAAUGUGUUGCUACUUUUGACCAGCAUGAGAAUAAGGUGUGGGCCUUGUCUGUUGGAAGGAAAACUGAGAUGUUGGCUACUGGUGGUGGUGAUGGGGCUAUCAAUUUGUGGCAUGACUGCACUGCUGAAGAUAAAGUAGAAGCCCUUCAGAAAGAGGAAGAAGAAACCCUGAAAGGCCAAGAGUUGGAAAAUGCUUUAUGUGAUUCGAAUUAUCUCAAAGCAAUUCGACUAGCCUUUGAAAUGAGGAGACCUCACAAACUUCUCAGCUUAUUUGAACAACUUUGCAGAAAGGAGGAUGGUGGGGAUCAGAUAGAGAAAGCAUUUCAGGGGCUUCGAAAGGAAGAAUUUUGUGUGCUUCUUGAAUAUAUUCGAGAAUGGGAUACAAAGCCAAAGUUCUGUCACAUUGCCCAUUUUGUUCUGUUUAGGGUUUUCAAUAUCCUUCCACCUACAGAAAUUGUUGAGAUGAAAGGCAUUAGUGAACUCCUUGAAGGAUUAAUUCCAUAUUCCGAGAGACAUUUUAGAAGGAUGGACAGGUUUGCAAGAAGCACAUUUUUAUUGGACUAUACUCUAUCUCAAAUGUUGGUUAUUAGCCCAGAGGAAGAGAUGGCUUUUCCGAAAAGAGAGAUCCUCCCAAAUCAACCUAGUAAAAAUGAUAGAGUUUUUGAGGAAGCAAAGGCAUAUGAUGAGCAAUCCAAGAAUGAUCAAGAAACGCUACAAAGUGCAGUUCAAGAAACUGUAGAAAAUGGGUAUCAAGAAAAGAUAGACAAUGGGACUGCAGACAUAGAUGAGCCGUUGCAAAAUGACUCAUCAAAAAAGCGGAAAUCCAGGAAGCUGAGGGCAAAAGUGCUGGAGAAGAGAGCUAAGGUGGCAUAUGUGGAGGUUUCACAUAUUUCUUCCAAGGCUUAGCAUAUAAACAACAAUUUCAAAGGCUUCCCAUCUCUCUUUCUGGUUUCUAGGAAACAGAGUCAGAUAGGGCAUCAAUUUUGUAGUAGUUUUGAUCUCUGUGGAUUGUAAUCUGUAUUUUGUAAUUUUUUCAAGGGGUAAGAGCAUCAAUUUUGUAGUAGGUUUGGUCUUUUUAGACCAUCAAGUCUGACCAUUUGCUUAUAAAAAAUACUCUCUGCAAAAUUGCCAAAGCACCGAGAGCAAAACAUUAUGGAUUAAUUUUUUUUAAAAGGAAAUGUAUAUGAUGAGACCAUUUAUUUUAUUUUA